GACGCGGUGUGAGCGCUGCCGGCGGGCGCUGCGGGAGCGCGGACGGGGGCGGUUCCCCCGGCCGGGGCUGGGUCCGGGUCCGGGUCCGGGUCCGGGUCCGGGUCCGGGUCCGGGUCCCGGUCCGAGUCCGGGUCCGCUCCGCCCUGCCCGGGUCCUCCCCGCCGUGCGAGUCCCCGCCCCGCGUCCCCUGUCCCCUCCCCUCCGUCCCGUGCCCUGCGGCGGAGCCGCCGCACUCGCGGCCGAGCUGCAGCGGGGCGAGGCCGGUGGCCGCCGCCGGGAUGGGCAGAGGCGGCACGGCGCGGCUGCGGGGCCCCCACGCGUGACAGCGCGGCGGGGAUGGGCCUCCCACGCGCGGCGGGACUGCGCCGUGACACGGGCGCGGCAGCGCUGCUGUAGCAUCCGCACCGCUGCGGGACAGGCGGGGUGACAGCGGCGUGGCGCUGGUGGCUCGGCAGCACCGGGCCAUGGAGCCGGGCACCAUCGACAACCUGUCCAUCCUGUACCAGAGCUCCGACUUCAUCGUGGUCAACAAGCACUGGGACCUGCGCAUCGACAGCAAGAUGUGGUACGAGACGCUGACCCUGCAGAGUCAGCUCAAGCACCGCUUCCCCGAGCUGGCCGACCCCGACACCUACUACGGCUUCAGGUUCUGCCACCAGCUGGAUUUCUCCACCAGCGGGGCCCUGUGUGUGGCACUCAACAAAGCGGCGGCGGGAAGUGCCUACAAGUGCUUCAAGGAGCGUCUGGUGACCAAAGCCUACCUGGCACUGGUGAGGGGCCACGUCAGCCAGAGCCGGAUGACGAUCCGCUACGCCAUCGGGAAGAACACCACGGAGGGCAUGACCCACAUGAUGUGCAUCGAGGGCACCGAGGGCUGUGAGAAUCCCAAGCCGUGCCAGUCAGAGCUGGUGGUGCUGGAACACGGAUCCUACAGCGGAGACCCCGUCACCAAAGUGCUGCUGCAGCCACUGACAGGGAGGACUCACCAGCUCCGGGUUCACUGCAGCGCCAUCGGCCACCCCAUCGUGGGGGACUUCACCUACAGCCAGCGGCAGGACAGCAAUCCCUACAGGAUGAUGCUCCACGCCUACUACCUGCGCAUUCCCACCGGCUCGGAGCUGAUCGAGGUGUGCGCGCCCGACCCCUUCCUCACCGCCAUGGACAGCAACUGGGUGCCCCAGCAGGUCACCCGGCGGCUGGAGGAUGUCAUCCAGGAGCUGAAGGACAAGGGGACGCAGAAGGAGGAGGAGGAGGAGGAGGAGGAGAGGCGGGAAGCUGGCAGAGAGGAGGGAGCAGGGGGUGAAGGCAGGAGGGAGGAGACGGAGGAGCAGCGGGCGCGGUGCGAGCAGUGGUUGGCCGAGUGGGCUCUGGAGUGAGCACUGAGCACAUCCCUGCUUUUCCUGCUCCAGCCUUGUCCCAGCGGGUCCCCACGGAGCCCAGCGCUGCCUCCACACCUGCACUCCCUCUAUGGCUUCCCUCGCUCUCGGGGCUGGCACCAGGUGGAUUUUAGGAGUGGUUGAGGUGGGGUUGUUUUGUAAUGUCCAUCAUCCAUCUGGCCACGGGAUGUCCUUUUCCCAAUCCUGGGCCUCAGCAGUGGAGUCGGUGUCACAUUCCAGCUUAGAGUGACCCCAAAGCUUUCUGUCCCUGUCCUGGGGCUCGGGCACAGCCAUGGACAUUCCCACAACCUCUCCACGCUUGGAUGCAGAAUUGCAGCCCAGCACAGGGAGGGGAGAACGUGCUGGUGCAGCUCCAGUGUCCCUGUCCCCCAUUCCCAUUCCCUCACUCCAGCUGCUGCGUUGUGUGGGAAAUGGGAGAUUGAGGUCUGGAGCACAUUCUGGGGGCACUGAUAAUCCCCCAGUCCUGGGGUGUCCUGUGAAACUGGACUGGGAUGGGCAUGGAAGGGUCCCUGCCCCUCGCCCCCUCCCUCCCUCAGCCCACCUGGGCGGUUUUUUAAGGUUUGGUGAAGGUGAAGAAGUUGAUACCAAUGGAUUUUAAACUUUUUUUCAAUUUUCUAGGAAGAGAUUCUAGUCUUUUAGGGUUUGUAAAAUACGGGUGGUCUCAGGAAUGAGGUAUUUUUAGUACUUCUGUGGUCAGAGAGCCAGCAGCCCAAAGCUUUUUUAAAUGGAUUUUAUUAUUUCUUCUACUAGCACUGCCUUUCCUGCUUUUGUCCCUGCUGAGACAGGUCAGAGGACACAAGUCCCUUUCUGCUCACCCACAUGAGGAGGGAUCAGUGUCCUGUGUAGGUCCCAUGGGGUGGCUCCUGCCUGGCAGGUUUCCAGAGGGUCCUGCAGGCAGGUCCUUCAGCUGGGCAGUUUGGGAAAGCUCUGGAAGAGCAGGAAAAAGAUAAAGGUGAAAGAAGGGCUGAGAACUGAUGGAAAGAACAGGCAGGAGCUCACCUUUGACAUAUGCCAAGAAAUUUCCUUGGAAGUGCCCUGGCUUUGCUGGUCAUCCUGCUUCGCUUUCCCCUUCCCUGCUCAUCCUCUGCAGCCCUUGGAGCACAUUUGGAAAUGAGAACAGGACAGCUGGGGAAGGACAUUGGAGCCACACAGCCCCAUCCCAGGGCUUUUCAAGGACCAUGUCAGCACAUGCCGAGAGUUGUCACCUCACCAGCCCCAUCCCAUUGAAAACACACCUGAUGGGAUUCACACAGUUGAUAUUCCCACCCCAAAGGAGAAUUAAAACGUCACAGCCCUCUCCUCGUGGAUAAACACACCCUGCAAUCACCAAAAGGCUGGGAGGGGAAGAAUUGGAUCAACCUGUCCCAUGUGUCCCUCUCUGGUGUGGCUUGGUGCCACUGCUGCAGGGUGGGGAUGGCCUGAGGUGCCAGCCCUGGGCACCGAGCGGGCAGGAUGGGCUCGGGGCUGGUGCCAGGGGCUGGGCAGCUGGGAAGGAACACAGGGAACCAGUUUGCCAAAGAUUCGAGGGGUGACUUGUCCAGGAGGUGCUGGAAAGUGACAGCGGGCAUUCACACAUCACAGAGGGAACCCAGCCUUGUCCCUGCUGGGGACACGGCCGGGAUGAGGGCUGGGGACAUGGGGACACAUGGAUGGGGCUGGCACCACCCCGAGCCUGCUGUGUUUGUGUCAAACAGCCCCCACACCCUGCCCCAGCCUUUGCCUGCUGCUUUUCCCCAGUGCCACAGAAAAAAGGGAAUUUCCCUUACCCUGCAGAAGGAGUUUUCCAGGGCAAUGUCCCCAUCCUGUCCCCAUCCUGUCCCUCCUGCGGUGCCCUGGGGUUGUGCUGUGGCUCUGAUGUCCCCUGCACUCCGCAGUUGCAGUUUUGGUGUUUUUGCUGUAUUAAACGUGUCUCUGUCCUUC